GGUAAAAACAAAAGUGGUCGUUCCGUCACGGUGUUCUCGGUUGGGGGGAUGUUGAUGUGACCGAGGCGGAGGCAGCCAUGCCCAUACGCGCCUACUGUACGAUUUGCUCGGACUUCUUCGACAAUGCGCGGGAUGUGGCCGCGAUUACCUGUGGGCACACGUUCCAUCAGGAGUGUUUGUUACAGUGGUUUCACUCGGCUCCACAUCGUACCUGCCCACAGUGUCGAAUCCAGGUUAGCUCCAGGCAAAUCAUCAACAAACUCUUCUUUGAUAUUGGCGGAGAGGAGGAGACGGUACUUGAUGCAGAGUCCUUGAAGAAUGAAGUUGACAGAAUAAAAGCCAGUCUCCUCGUGAAAGAGAAGGAGAAAAGAGAAUGCCAGGGUCUUGUGGACUCUUUACGAGAGAUGCUAGAUGUCAGAAAUGUCACUAUACAAUCCCAACAGAAGGAGUUGGGUGAUAUGGAAAUGCUGUGUUCAACACUGAAGAAACAAAUAAAGUUCUUGGAUAAACAGCAGUCAGAGACCAAAGCUGCCAAGGAUGAAGCUAGAAAACUGAGAAACAAGCUGAAAACUAUGGAAAGCAUUGAAGUCUUGUUGCAGUCUCAGCGAUCAGAAGUGGAGGAGAUGAUCAGAGAUAUGGGAUCAGGACAGGCUGCUGUAGAACAACUUGCAAUAUACUGUGUAUCAUUAAAAAAAGAAUAUGAGAAUUUAAAAGAAGUCCGAAAAUCUUCUGCAGAGAUGACCGAGAAGCUAAGAAAGGAAUUAUUUUCUUCUAACCACAAGGCACAAAAGGCUGAGCUGGAGUUAACUAAAGUACGGGAAGAGCUCAGUGCCAGUCAGAAGGAGCUUCACAGUGCAGAUAAGGAAAUCAUGAGUUUAAAGAAAAAGGUUGAGUUUUUGCAGAAGACCCUUACCACACCAACGGCAUCUAAUGAAGCAAUUAGUCGUUUGAUCUUUGAGAGUCCUGCACCCAUUGGUUUGGAAAGACCGAAGCUCCGACCACCAAUGAUGGGGAAUGAUAUCAACCUUGAUGUCACCUUCGACAUUGAUACACCUGAACACAACACACAAAAAUCUGUUGUUGCUCCAUUCAAGAAGAUGAAAUUUGAUAAUAAAGAGCAUCCUUUAUCCAGCCCAACGAAAAACCCUCUGCAGGAGAGCAAAGGUUUAAUGAGUUGGGCAGGAGGUAGGACAGGAGCUGAUGAAGAUGAUGACCUUACCUUGCCAUCUUUCAUUAAGAACUCGCUGCUUCACAAGAAACCUGUAGGGAGUCUACUUGGCCUUCGGCAAAACACAGGAGCUGUACGGACUGGAUUUGAUGGAUUGGGUGGAAGAACAAAAUUCAUCCAGCCUAGUAACCUAACAGAAAUCCGACCUUUGCAUCAAAAGAUGAAAAGGAAAAAAGUUUCCAGGCCCACAGCUUGUACUUCCUCACUUGCCAACCAGCCCAGGCUCGAAGACUUCUUGAAAUAAAUGUGUAAAUCUUGCAGCUUGUCAGCUGUUUGGGGAACUGCUGCAGAAAAAAAGGGCAGUCUUCUUAAUCAAUAUGCCCACAGUAAACAAAGACUUUUGUGGAGCAAUUAAGCAGCGAACUUGAUUGAAUUUGGAUGGAAUAUCCAUUUAGAGCUUUACACCCUUGGUUUUUUGACAAGUGCUGGACACAUUGCUGUAAUGCAGCUGCAAAAGCUGAAACCCAACCACUGCAUGUAUAUAUUUACUAAACAUACUGACUGCAAGCAGAAUCGUAUCCAAAGAACCUGGCAUAGAAAAAACAGCACUGCAGAACUACAACAGCAGUCAGUGUAUGGACUAUACCUUCUUGUUUCUAUCAAACUAAAAUUGUCUGAAAGCAUUUAAGGGCAGAAAAGUGAAACCUUAACAGCAAAGCAUUACUUUAAUUUUUAAUCUUAGUUUUCCAAUGAGUAUUUUAUUACAAUAAAUUGUUUCUUAGGAAAAUAGUAAAUGCCUAGGAAUUUUUAAAUGCGCAGUCCUUUAGUAUCAACAAACGGACCAGCAAUUCCCAGUCUUUAUUUACAAUGACACAAUUGCUGUUGCUUCCUAUUUUUUUUGUUUUUCAGCAAAACAUCCUCAUCUGUGUUUUUUCUAUAUCAAAGUCUGUUCUUUAGUAUAAUAUACACACAGACUCCUCACCAUAGAGCCAUUAUUUCAUGCAGUCAUAACGUAGGCCCAAGUCGUUUUAAAGGAACAGUAACAACAAAAGCAUCUGCAUUUCAUUUUCACGUAUACUUUUUGAAACUUCUGCAGCUUUGUAGGAGUCACCAUAUUUCUGUAUGAAUAUAUGAGUGUUUGCGUAUUAUAUAUAGUGAAUAAAGUACCCCUCUUGUAAAUUAUAAGGAUUUUUAUAAGUAAGGAUGCACCAAAUCUAGGAUUCAGUUCGGGAUUUGGCCUUUUUCAGCAGGAUUCGGAUUCGGAUUCGGCCGAAUCCUUCUGUCUGGCAAAACCGAAUUCAAGCCCUAAUUUGCAUAUGCAAAUUAGGGGUGGGGAGGGGAAUUGCAUAACUUUUUGUCACAAAACAAGGAAGUAAAAAGUUUUCCCCUUCCCACCCUAAUUUGCAUAUGCAAAUUAGGGUUUGGUAUUCGGCCAAAUCUUUUGCAAAGGAUUCGGCGGUUCGGCUGAAUCCAAAAUAGUGGAUUCGGUGCAUCCCUAAUUAUAAGUUACCGAGGAGUUCCAUGACCAUAUAAAAGCAUGAGGCCUAAGGCUGAGUGUUUUUAUACAGGUCAUGGAACUCCAAGGUAACUUCUAAUAUCCUCAUAUUUUGCAACUGGUGGUACUUUAUUUAUUAUAAUACACAAGUUUCAGUGAGUCAUGUGACAGAAAUGACAUCAGAACUCACCGUUUAUAACUGAUGACAUCACUACUCACCAUUUAUAAGAAUAUAAUUUACAAGAUAUUCAUGGCUUUUGUGUAUUUUAAGGUUUUUUUUGAAGCAACAGACCAAAUGGGGAUUUGUUUAGGCAACUGAACACGGCAAAACUAUAAGUAAGCACUGCAAUGAAGAUAUGGUUCUGCAUUAAAUGAAUGAUCCAUCUAGUUUAUUUAAUCUUGGUGUUAAUAGCCAGUUAAAUAGAGAUCAUGCUUUCUAAUGAUACAUUUUUUUUUAGUAAAUGUGAACUAUGUUUACAUCUUUGGUAGAAAUGCAGGAGAGGUGUUACACUUGACAAAGGGCGUAGCCCGAAACAUGUUGUGUAACUCCGUUCCCCAAUAAAGAAAACCGCAGUCAAGCUUGUUGCCUUGGAUUUGUUCCACAACAACACAAAAUUAUCCAGGAGAGGUGUUAAUAGCUAUAAGCAAUGUUGCCUGUUGAAGUUACUGCAGCUAACUUAAAGGGCAAGUCAACCAAAUUAAAACGUUGCGUAAUAAAAGAAAACUUAAUUCUAAGCAGCUUUGCAAUAUAUGUUCAUUACAGGUUUUCCUAUGGUUUUUAAGUUAUUUGUAUAUGUAUUGCUAUUGAAAACAGUAUUUGUCCCUUUCUAUUCAGACUCCAUGUACAAUGUAAGACAAGGCAGCUGAUUAACAGACUUGUCUUUGUUGGGGAACUAAAACUUUUUUGCAACAACCAGGCAUUAAGCAAAUGCUCUCAAUAGCAAAUGUUUUUACAAAUAACUUUUAAAAACACUGAACUUUUUUAAUGAAUGUGUAUUGGAAAGUUGCUUAGAAGGAUGUUUUUCUUUUAUUAGGCAAAUUUUUAUUUCGGGGGUUGCCCUUUAAAGUAGUAUUUUCCUCCUGCAUCCAGCCUACAGUCUUACUCUCACCUUGUACAAAGGAGCCAUUAUGUAUACAAUUUCCACCAGAUGUUUAAUAUAGGGUCUCCCCCCCAACCUAUACACGGAGUAUUCAGGUACAUUGCUCAGAGGAACCACCUGGUAACUGCCAUACCAAAUACGCAUGGGACAAUACUGCUGCAGUUUCUCAUGCGACAGACUCUACUUUGUUCAGGUAGAUUAGCUUUCCCCCCCUAUUGUAAAAUGGAAGGUACCCGCCACUUUCAUGAAAAGGUUAAACACAGCAACAUAUUGGCACUUUUGUAUAUGAGAACUGACCAGUCUGAACAGAAAGAUCUUUGGAUAAUUGUUUUUUUUAAUUAAGGCAGACUGGUUGGUGUUCCAUUACAAGCAUCCCCGGAACCUUUAUUAAAGGGCUAAAUAAAUGUCCAAUUUUUUUUUACAGCCUUUUAUAUGAUUUGAAUUUCAGGGUUGGUUCGGUGCAGCUAGUGUGGUAUGUUUGAGGUCACUGUUGUAAUUUCGGAGCCUUUUUUUCUUUGUACGGUAUUGUUAUUUUAUUUAUGGCCCUUUCUUUGUGUCAGAUGAUUUCCAGUCUUACCUCUGUACGAAUGCAAUGACAAUAAAUUGUGUUUUUUUGGUUUUUUUUUUAAAGCUUCCGUCCAACAUAAUGUUUAUAUAAUCACUGCCACCCACCAAAUGUUCUUUUCCUAACCUGUUAUUGUUACAUAGUAACAACAGUAAGUUAGCUGAAAAAAAAAAAACUAGCAUACAUUUGGUUCAACGUUUAAGUCUAUAUAUAACCCGCCUAACUGCUAGUUUUAGUUGGACUCAACGUUAUUUUAGAUUUAAAUACAUAAAAUAUUUAUCCUGUUGAGAAACAUCUGUUGGCUAAAACCUACUUAAAAGUCAUAGCUGCCUCAUGAUUCACUAGUAAUUAUUAGUCCGGAUGCAGCGAAUCCAGGAUUCGGAAUCCUUGUGCCUGGCUGAACCGA